UCCCCUCGCUACUCCCUCGUUCCCCCACACCGCCGCCACCACACACGCACAGGAGGGGCUCAUCGCCCGAUCCCCAUGGCCACCGCUCGCUGUCGCGAACCAGCGCGGCCACCGGCCUCCAUUCGCCGCACCUACAUGCCCAUCAGUUGCGCCAACCUCCUCUUCAACGUCUUCGCCCAUGAGAUCAAGCCCGGGACCCCUACCUCGCCGGAUCGACCACGUCUCCCCUCUUUGCCCCGCUCCCCGCCGCCGUUCGACUGCCACCUCGCCGGACUCCGUCGAGCCUCGCCGGCGAACCCCUGCAUCGGGGACCCUGAGACUGUCGGCAACCCCCAGUACGACUAUGGUGUCGACGACCAGUCCUUUGCAGCAGAGCUUCCAGAUGACGGAGCCCAGGAGCCAGCUGCCACUACCGUCGAUGGCUACCUCUACUCCGACAGUGGCUACUUCUACGUUCACGAUGCUGACGGCCAGGAGUAGGAUCGGAGGUCCCAGGCAGGAGGCCUUGCCUUUUCGAUCGUUCUUGUUUUUGUGCUAGCCUUUUUAAGGCAAACUUGUCUAAUUGAUGUCUGUACUCAGAUAUUGUUGCUUCCGCUGACUCGCUUGUUCUCGAGCUUCUGUAUUCGAGCCCUCGAGGCCCCUGGCUUGUAAUAUGAAGCUUGUUUUAUUUCAAUUUGUGUCUA